CAGGCUGCUGAGGCCGAUAUUGCGGACGUGCAAAGUGCAAACAAUCAGCUGUCUUUUACCGAGGCACUGCAGUCCCUGUGACGAGUGAUUGUGACUUUGUUUUGUUUUACUGGUGUUUGUAGGCGGAGGUCGGCACCAUGAGUUCUGCAGACGCAGGAGCGGGAGAGACGGUGGAGGCGGUGGUGGAGGCGGGGCUACUCUCUAUGACAGAUGUCUUUAUUCUCUCCCUUGCGGGGGGUUUCGCUGUCUACUGGUUCUUCUUCCGGAACCGGAAGCAGGACUUGCCGAACUUCAAGAAGUUAUCCAUAGCUCCUGUGUUGGAAAGGUCUGAGUCUAGCGAUACCACUUUCAUCACCAAGAUGAAGAACACAAACCGUAAUGUGAUCGUGUUCUACGGGUCUCAGACCGGCACAGCCGAGGAGUUUGCCACACGUCUGGCCAAAGACGCCUCCAGAUACGGCAUGAAGGGGAUGGUGGCCGACCCAGAGGAGUGUGAUAUGGAGGACCUGAGUAAGCUGGCAGAUAUAGAGAACAGCCUGGCCAUCUUCUGUAUGGCCACCUACGGCGAGGGCGACCCCACGGACAAUGCCCAGGAGUUCCACGAGUUUCUCAAUGGGGGAGACGCUGACCUUUCCGGCAUCAGAUACUCUGUGUUUGGUCUGGGCAACAAGACGUACGAGCACUACAACUCCAUGGGCAAGUUUGUGGACAAACGACUCGGGGAGCUGGGGGGCGAGAGGGUCUUUGAGCUGGGCCUGGGAGACGAUGACGCAAAUAUUGAGGAAGAUUUUGUGACGUGGAAGGAAAAGUUCUGGCCUGCCGUGUGUGCUUACUUUGGUGUGGAGGCCACAGGGGAGAAUGUCAACACCCGCCAAUACGAGCUGGGAACAGUAGCAGAGGACCUGUCCAAAGAGAAGGUCUUUAAUGGAGAACCUGCCAGGCUGGGCUCGUACAACACACAGAAACCGCCGUAUGAUGUUAAGAACCCGUACAUGUCCCCCAUCGCUGUGAACAGAGAACUCCACAAGGACAGUGGCCGGUCCUGUAUGCACAUAGAGCUGGACAUCUCGGAGUCAAAGAUCAGAUAUGAGAGUGGUGACCACGUUGCCAUAUACCCCAUCAACGAUACUGAGAUCGUGGAGAAGAUUGGAAAGAGAUUGGGAGUGGAUUUGGAUGAGGUGUUUACCCUCAACAACAUUGACGAGGACGCCAGCAAGAAACAUCCUUUCCCAUGCCCGUGUUCGUACCGUACAGCCCUGACGCACUACGUGGACAUCAUGAACCCACCACGCACACACGUGCUGGGUGAGCUGGCCGAGUACACGGAGGUGGCCAAGGACAAGGAGUUUCUGCAGAAGAUGACGCAGGCCACAGAAGAGGGCAAGGGUCUCUACCUGGACUGGAUCGCCAAGGACCACCGGAACAUUCUGGCUGUUCUAGAAGACAUCCCAUCCCUGAAACCUCCACUGGACCACAUCUGUGAACUGUUGCCUCGGUUACAGCCCCGCUUCUACUCCAUCUCCUCCUCUCCCAAGAUGUACCCCAAGAGCAUCCACGUGACAGCCGUGGUGGUGGAGUACACGACCCCCACCAACCGACUGACCAAGGGCGUCUGCACGGCCUGGCUGUCCACCAAGAAGCCUGGCACUGGAGGCAACGGACCCCUUCCCCGCGUGCCCAUCUACGUGCGCAAGUCUCAGUUCCGACUGCCCUUCAAGCCCACCACCCCGGUCAUCAUGGUCGGGCCCGGCACAGGGCUGGCGCCGUUCCGAGGAUUCAUUCAGGAGAGGUCUUACUUCAAGGGAGAAGGCAAGCCGAUCGGAGACACCAUCCUGUACUUCGGCUGCAGGAACAAGGCCAACGACUUCAUCUACCAGGACGAGAUGGAGGACUAUGUGAAGCAGGGCGUGCUCAAAAUGCACACGGCUUUCUCGCGAGACCAGGCCCAGAAGGUCUACGUACAGCACCUGCUUGACCAGAACCAUCAGGAGAUCUGGGACGUGCUCAACAACAACGGUCACCUCUACAUCUGUGGAGAUGCCAAGAACAUGGCUAGAGAGGUGCACUCCAUGAUCGUCAAGAUUCUGACCACCAAAGGGGAGAUGAGCACUGAGGCUGCGGAGGAUUACAUCAAGAAACUGCAGUCCAAGGGCCGCUACUCUGCUGAUGUGUGGAGCUAAUGAACACAUCUACCAUGGUGCUAUACAUUGUAGAAUGCCACAACACGCAACCUCGGAAUAUGGUUGCUUUGUUCUCGCGUAUAGCGGUUCCUGAGUCGUUGCCAUGGGAACGGGUACUUGACGAGUGACCUUUCUGAGGGCUUUGUGGUGUUUUAGACAUAGAUUCCCACCCGUAUUGUUUUUUUGUUUUUGUUGUGUGUCUGUUGCUCCGGCAAUUUCAGUAGCUGUUUUGUGAAAGGAAAGAAACAAUGUUUAAUGUAUUUUUCUGUGUCUGAAAAUUAUUUCUUUUUUGAGGAAAACUAUUAUUUCUUUAACGCUUUGCCAUCACAUCUCGCAAGAACGUUGAACUUCCGCUCCCGUCACAAAACGUCGAUAGGCGAUGUUUACCCCCCAGUUUCUUUCGAUUUUCCCCAAAAUGCCUGUGAUGGCAAGGAUUUUUACUAUUUGAGCCUUGUGAUGGUAAAGUGUUAACUCAUUCAUAUUAAUCAUAUUAUGAAUUUUGACAGAGUGAUUUUAUG